AUGGAGUUCUUUGAAAGUGCAGAAAUGUGUAAAGCUAUCAAUUGUACCACCAUUACUCUAAUAGCAUAUAGGAGUUUAGACCUAUAUCCUGUUGCACUGAUGAUCAGAGACAACAUCAUUAUGAGUCAUGAAUUGGUAAAAGGCUAUGAGAGGAAGAAUAUAUCACCAAGGUGCAUGCUAAAGAUUGAUAUGCAGAAAGCUUAUGAUUCUGUAGAAUGGGUAUAUAUUGAGCAGGUGAUGAAAUUGCUGGGAGUUCCUGAAAAGUUUGUGAAGUGUAUAAUGGUAUGUAUUAGCACAGUUUCUUAUUCCGUUAUUAUCAAUGGCAAGCCUACCAAGCCAUUCGAGGCAAGGAAAGGACUUAGACAGGGGAGACACACAAUCAGUCAAGAGUCUACACAACAGUUUCUAACUUUCUCUGCAGCAUCAGGACUAAUUGCAAACUCAAUUGAAAGCUGCAUUUAUUUUGGAGGAGUGGACAACAGAACACAACAACAUAUUAUGGACAUGUUAGGGUACACUAAAGGAGAAUUACCUUUCAGGUACCUUGGAGUCCCUUUGAGCACAAAGAGGCUGACAGUAAUGCAGUGUGAACCCCUAAUUGAUAGAAUGCUGAGCAGGAUACAGUGUUGGACAACAAAUUUUCUAUCAUAUACAGGUAGAGCAAUGCUAAUCAAGAGUGUACUAGUGGCAAUUCAGAAAUUCUGGACUCAAAUCUUUGUUCUGCUAAAAAAGAUCAUACAAUUCAUCGAAACAAUAUGCAAGAGAUUCUUAUGGUCGGGGAGUGUUGAACCUACUAAGAAGGCAUUGAUUGCCUGGGAUAAAUUGUGUGCUCCAAAGGUAGCAGGAGGCUUAAAUUUCAUCAAUGUGGAAUUGUGGAACAAAGAAGCUAUAUGCAAGCUCUUAUGGAACAUCUGCACACAAAAGGAAAAGCUUUGGUUUCAGUGGAUACAUGCUUACUACAUAAAGGGGAAUACUAUAUGGAACAUAGAGCCAAAGAGUGCAUCGUGGAUUAUCCAAAAGAUUUUCAAAGCCAAAAGACCGUUUGAGAAUGCUGGACAUUCAGAAUAG